AUGGAAACACCAAACAACACCGCCAUACAUGUCAGAGGAGAUGUGACAGAGAUAAUAGCGAGAAUACCAUUAAGAAGCAUCUCCAAAUUCAAAUCGGUGUGUAAAGCAUGGAAAUCGGCAAUUGAAUCUGUGUAUUUCCGCCGUCUCUUUGUGUCUCUGCACCAAAAUACCUCUUCAUGUUGGUCACUACUUCUCCUCCGACGACGACGAGAAGAACUCCUAGACUUCCAUGGAUGCAAGACAUGGGGUCUUCCAAAGUCUCUAGGUUCUUAUAUUCCAAAUGUGGAAAUAAACGGUAAAUUCAAAUAUAUAGGUUCUUCCAAUGGGUUGGUUUUGCUGCAUAGAUCUUCUUCUGGUACUAGGGGAACCUAUGUGGGUAAUCCAGUAUUACAACAGUGGGUUGAGAUCCCUUACCCUCCAAAUAGCUUUACUUCCCUGUGUGGUCUAGUGACGCGUGUUGACGAGGACGGUGUUGUUUUGAGUUUCAAAGUGGUUAGGUCUGGUUCAAUGUCACAUAGUCAAGACGAAUCUUAUUUGAGUUUUUAUGUGUAUUUGUCGGAGACAGGCGUUUGGAUUCGCAAAUGCCUUUUCUGCCAUCUUUCCUACCCAACCUUGUUUGAUCCUUUGAGUCUGAAUGGAACGCUUUAUUUUCCCCAGAAAGAUUCUUUUAAUGUUAGGCCUAGAGAACUUGUGGUUCACGAUUUCUAUGGUCAAUCCAAACAAUGUAAAGUUAUACCUCUCCCCGAUCAGAAUUUGAAACACAACAAAACAGCUUUGACUACAUCAACCGGUUUUGUUAUGUAUAUCAAAACAUUAGCUCAAAGGGGAGGCAAUCUUUUGAAGAUUUGGAGGUUGAACAAUGAUUCAGCUUGGCAACUUCUGUGGGAACUCAGCCUCCCAUUUAUCGGUUGUUAUGCACCAGUGGCAAUGCAUCAGUUUUAUAGCAAUAUUGUGUAUUUGUGGAGUCAAGAAAACCAUUAUUUGAUAUCAUGUAACUUGCAGACACAAAACUACAAAAUCUUCGGAGAUGAGUCACAACAUCAAGAUUGUUUCAUCAACCUGUCUGCUUGUGAGAAGCACAUGGAUCAGAUUUCCAAGUAUGGAGUUCCUCUCAUCUUGUACCAAUUUGUGCUCCCACGGUGGAUGGAAUUGAUGCCUCGUCCUCCCCAAGUUGAGAUGAUAAAUACAACUUCACUACUUUCUCCAAUGCAUAAAGAUGAAGAAGAAUAG